CGCGAAUAGACGAAGGUGUUCCACGAGUACCCCGUUCACUUGGUUGUAAUCAGGGUGAUAUGGGAGGUGCUGGAAACACACAACACGGAACCGCUAGGAUACCACAACAACAACAACAACAACAGCAACUGACCACAGCCAGACAAGGGGAGACUUCUUUUUUACAUCAGCAAAGUAGUAAUAAUACACUUAGACCACUUGCAGCAGCAAGAGACCAACAAAAUUCUUC